GGCGAGCACAUCUCAGCUGCAUUGGGGGCCCGGCCGCCGCGCACGGAUCGUGGGGAGCUACAACCGAACCGAACUGAUCUUACGAUCACCCACCGGAGCCCUUUCCACCCCUCGCGAUGAGCUUCCCGCUCGGUCUGCAGCGCUGAACCCAAAAGGGUGGGGGGUGGGGGGCGACGCACCUGCCAGCCCCUCGAGCGGACUGCACCCCACUACCGAGGCAACUUUUGCGGUCUUUCGGAGGAGCGGGUGCAAAGUUGGCCCUCAUUUAUGCGACAGUGGUGGUGGGGGGGCGACGAAAGCAUCCCGAUUUUUUGCAUUCUUUGCCAUUGUAAGCAGGCGACACGGCGGCUUGGGUUGAUUUGUUUUCUUUCCUUUGCUAUCCGAUGGAUAUUCACUGCAAGGCGGACCCCUUCGCGGCCAUGCACCGGCACGGGGGUGUGAACCAGCUCGGCGGGGUGUUCGUCAACGGAAGACCCCUCCCGGACGUGGUGCGCCAGCGCAUCGUGGAGCUGGCCCACCAGGGGGUUCGACCGUGCGACAUCUCACGGCAGCUGCGCGUCAGCCACGGCUGCGUCAGCAAGAUUCUCGGCAGGUACUAUGAAACUGGCAGCAUCAAACCGGGCGUAAUCGGGGGAUCCAAGCCAAAAGUGGCCACGCCGAAGGUGGUGGACAAAAUAGCGGACUACAAGAGGCAAAACCCCACAAUGUUUGCGUGGGAGAUCCGCGACAGGCUGCUGGCUGAGGGCAUCUGCGACAACGACACCGUACCCAGCGUCUCAUCCAUUAACCGGAUCAUCCGAACUAAAGUGCAGCAGCCCUUCCAUCCAUCGCCCGAUGGGACAUCCCUGUCGACGCCAGGCCAUACCAUAGUGCCAAACACAGUGUCACCACCAGUAACCAGCGCCUCGAACGACCCAGCGGGGUCCUAUUCCAUUAAUGGCAUUCUGGGCAUUCCUCGAUCCAACGGUGAGAAGAGGAAAAGAGACGAAGAUGGUUCAGAUGGUUCUGGCCCAAACAGUGAUUCUCAGGGUAGUGUGGAGAGUUUACGGAAACACCUAAGGGCGGAUGCCUUCACACAGCAGCAGCUGGAAGCGCUGGACCGGGUCUUUGAACGCCCCUCGUACCCAGACGUCUUCCCUACAUCGGAGCACGUCAAACCGGAACAGGCUAAUGAGUACACGCUGCCUGGCCUCAAUUCCAGCCUGGACGAAGUCAAGCCCAGUUUGUCGUCCAACGCCAACCCGGAGCUGGGCCCCAGCGUAUCGCAAAGCUACCCUGUAGGUCGAGACAUGGCCAACACAACCUUACCCGGGUACCCCCCUCAUGUUCCCCCUACGGGGCAGGGCAGCUACCCGACUUCUACACUCGCUGGAAUGGUUCCUGGGAGUGAGUUUUCGGGGAACCCCUACAGUCAUCCACAGUACACCACCUACAACGAAGCGUGGCGAUUCAGCAACCCGGCGUUACUAAGUUCCCCUUAUUAUUAUAGUGCCGCGUCGAGAGGCUCGGUCCCACCCACUGCUGCCGCUGCCUAUGACCGCCACUAGUUACCAUGGAAACCAAAUCAACCUGCAGGACCGCCGCCUCAGCCUCCAUAUUUGAGCACAGUGAGGACAGCGAGCUCACACAAUGAAACCACUUUUUAGGGCAGGUUGGGAAGGAUAUCCGGAUGUAUCCACCUUCUAUUUGAACUCCAUGAACAGUAGGAGAGGUGCGGAAAUGGGAGGGGGGACAGACACACGACUAAAAUCAGCCAUUGUGGAUCAAUACUGUACAUUCCUUUGCUUGGCAGCUCUCAGCAGGGACUGUUCGAGGCUUAAAAAUGUUGCAGCGGCCUUUUAUUUUCCUACUUUUUCCUCCCUUAACACGAGCCGGCUGCGUUUUUAUCCAUCAUUCAGCAUGGCGGAUGCCGCGAGAAGAUUUGGACUCUGUGAAACACAAUCAACAUGUUGAAAAAAAAAAAAAAAAAAAAAAGUACAGUGCGUCGCAGUGGAAGCAAGUGGAUAUAUUCCUAAUGAUAUUUUGUGUUUAUUUGUUUUGGGAUUUUGGCCCUAAUCAUUCUUAAGGACUAAAAUGUGUCGAGAUAUGGAAGGCAACAUUUUAUGUCAUUUUACUGCUUUUGUUGUUGUUAAUUUUGCACUAUUUUUGGAGGUUUGCAACACUGGAGCGUUGUUAAAUAUGCAGGAAUCCUUUAUGCAUAUGUGCUUUAGGUUUGGCACUUCAAGCGACGCAUCUUGACAACGUGCACUACUGCUGGAUGUUUUUAUUUCAGUUGAUCAAGUCUUUGGCAGGAGAGGAUCCAACAGCCAUCUCUCUUAAAAUAAAAAUAUUGUAAUUUUCAGACUUUAAGCCGCUACUUUUUGCCUUCAUUUUGAAUCCUGCGGCUUAUAGUCCAGUGUGGCUUAUUUGUUGAUUUAUUUGGGUUAAUAGGCAACACAUACCUCCUAGCAUGCAUUGCAGUGCUACAGAUGUAAAUAACAAUCAAAAUUCAUGUUCUGUGCUUUUUUGCAGUUACUGUUCCAGUUGUUUCAUUAAUUGCUUGUUAAGGUAUUUGGCAAAUUAUGUUACUAAUGCCAUUUAUGUCCAGUUUAGAUCUGUUACAUCCAUUCAAAAGUGAGAUAAUUUGCCAGAUAGCACUAAAUGACAUCUGUUAUAAGCAUUCAUUAAUGCUCAUGACAGUGUCAUGUCAUAGUUAUGACUGUCUAAUGACAGUCUUAUGGUAAAUAAAGUGUUAACAAAUAACUUGCAAUUAAAUAACAAACAGUAACUGAAGAAAUAAUGAGCACACAACAUGAAUUUUGAUUGUUAUUGACAUCUGCAGUGCUGCAAUGCAUGCUAGGAGGCAUGUUGGACAACAACAGUGUUGAGAGCAGGUGGCAGAAGAGGUUGACUGACUCCCGCAAAGGAGCAGUGAUGACCAAAUGAAGCUUCUUGAAGCCAUUAAGCUUUGCAGCCAAUUGGUUCAAAGCUUCAUGGCGGUUCAUUUGGUCUUAUGACAGUCAUAUGACGCCCCUGUCAAAUAAAGUGUUACCGGUUCAUAUCUUUUGGUAUAAAUAUCCCAAAAUACAGUGACGACAGCUGCGGCUUAUAGUCAGGUGCGCCUUAUAGUGUGAAAAUUACGGUAAAUGCAAAUUUGAUUUUAUUUUUUUUUAACGUACUGAUGGCCAUGGAUUCAAAAAGCAAGUCUAUGCCUUAAAAAUUUAAAACAAAAAAAAAAAUCUUCAAUUUCAUCAUGUUUCCAGCUUUUAUUAUUUCUUUUUUUGACUGAAUGUAAUUUACACUUGCCAAAGACUUUUUGUUGUUUAUUUACAGUCCGCCUAUCACUGAGAUCAGUGUUAUUAAUAUUAUUAUUAUUACUGUUUUCACGAAUAUUCUUAUUAAUAUUAUUAGGGACAAGCCACAUGCUUCAAGAGGAAGUCUAAAUGUAUAAAUUCUAUGCAGUGCAGAUGGUCAUCAUAUGCAUAUGAAACUGUUAAAGGUACAGUGGGUGGAGUUUAUUUAAUGUUCAUUUGUAGGAGCGUGUGUGUGUGUCAGUCUGUGUGUGUGCGUGUGACAAAACACUUCAUGUAAAUACAGUACAGUAAGAACUGUCUUUCAUGUUCAUGGGUAUUAUCUAAUUGAUUAAUGCUGGUCACACUUGUAUAAUAAUAAAAAAAAAAAAAGUGUCUGAAAUCUUUUACCAAAAAGGCUGUUAUGUAAUCAUUUUUAUUUUUAGUGGGAAAAUGAUCUGUUUUUAGACCAUUAAAUAUUUAUCCUGUAAUUUGCAUUUAUUCUCUUGUUUU